AUGCUCAACUGCCUCAGACUAGAAGGUGAAGUUGGAGCCUUUGCAGAGGCUGCACGGGUCAUGUGGGGCUGGCGGGUUGCAGCCAAAGAGGUGGCUGCGGCAGAGGUGAGCAAUGGGAUGCACAAGUGGCGCGAAAGAAUGAAAAAAGAUGCACCUCGCAGAAGAUUCAAGGUGGCCUUGGCAAGGAUGGAGCAGGCCCCGGCGCAUCCCGAGGAGGAUGACUUCUCUCAGUUCCUGUCGCAGGAGAACGCCGCGCCUGCUGCGCAGCCGGAGGUGACUGCCGAGGCUCUUCUUCGAGUCGUGGCCGAGUCCUCCCAACGCCAGGAGCAGCUCCUGGGAAAGGUUUGCAGUUUGCUCGUGAGCCUAGAUGAGAAGCUCGGGCGGAUCGCCUCUUCCCAGGAGAGGCUGGAAGACAGCUUGCACCGCGCUGCGGAUGCACCUGCAGGGGCGGCGCGUGCUCCUGUGUCCGGGCAAGUGCAGCAGCGUGGAGCCUUGGUAGCGCCUCCGGGCAAGCCGGGCUAUUCUGCCGCAGGUGCCCAGCAAGGUCCUUCCCCGGAGGAGCAGCGUCUGCAGCAAGAGCGCCUCGCAGCCGAGCGCUUGAGGAUGGAGGAGGAGAACCGCCGGCGUGCAGAGGAGAUGAACCGGCGAAGGGAGGAAGAAGAGCGCCGUAAGCGUGAGGAGGAGGAGCGGCGCAGACAGGAGGAGGAACGUCGUCGCGAGGAGGAGCGGCUGCGGAAGGAGGAGCUCGGCAAGAAGACCAGUGGGCUCAUGUCGGGACUCCUCUCCAGCGACUCCGGUGGGGGUGGCGGGGGCUUGUUUGGCGACGAAGCGCCCAAGAGAAGCAGCAAAGGUGGACUCUUCGACGACUAA